CCUUUGGGAAGGGGCGAGGGGUCCAAAACCGCUAGCUAGAGUACAAACUAGACAAUUGGAAGAAAGGAAGUGAAUGAUCUAUCAUUAAUUUUUUGUGAUUUGUGAUAAAAAUUAAUUUAUAUGUAUUUAUGGAAAUAGUGUAGUGAUUAAUAAACACAAGUUUAAUCUUAAAAAGACGAUAUGGCUUCAGAAGAUGAAGUAGAUGAACCAUUUGCCGGAGAUGAUGAUGUAUGUGAUGAAACUGGUGAUGGACAAGUAUUAGAAAAUUCUGGUGAUUCUGAUGAUGGUCAACAGAAAGGUGUUGUUGGAGAAGAUGAUGAUGAUUAUGAGCCAGAAGAUGGACGCAAGAAGAAAAAGGGUAAGAAAAGAAAAGCUCGAGGUGAAGAGAAAAAAGGAAAGAAAAAGAAGAAAAAGAAAAAGGCUGAUAGUGAGGAAGCUGAAAGUGACUUCAUUGGAGAAGAAGACACUAAUGGAGGUUGUGACUCAGAUUAUGCUAAUAAAAAGAAUAGUAGGAAAUCUCGAGGUAGUGUGAAAUCUACCCCAACUCCAACACCCACAUCAGAUAAUGCAGGCAUGCCUACUAUAGAGGAAGUUUGUUCAACUUUUGGAUUGACUGAUGUAAAUGUAGAAUAUUCAGAAGCAGAUUACCAAAAUUUGAGCAACUAUAAGCUGUUUCAACAACAUGUUAGGCCUAUGCUUACAAAAGAAAAUCCAAAGGUUCCCAUGUCUAAACUUAUGAUGCUAGUCGCUGCAAAAUGGAGAGAGUUUUCUGAAAAUAACCCUCACACUCAAAAUGCUCAAUCAGAUCAAGAACAAUUGUCAGAUCAGCCAGCCAGUCCAGCUUAUCAAGCCAAGCCAAGCAGGUCUAGGUCAAAUAAGGAUACAUCUUCGAAACAAGAUGAAACUUAUGAUGAUGAUGAUGAUGAUGAGGAUGAAGAAGAGGAAAAGAAUAAGAGACGGAAGAGUAGAACUAAUGCUGGUAAAAAAAGCACAAAGAAAUCUGCUAAAGUUCCAACACUGAAAAUCAAAUUUGGUAAGAGGAAGCGUGGGAGUUCAGACGAAGACCCAGAUGCCAGUGGUGGUGGUUCUGAUAGAGAUUCUGAUGCUGAAUUUGAACAAAUGCUUCAAGAAGCUGAAGAUUCAACAAAGCCUGAGGAGACUGCUGAAGCCCCAGCUGAAGAUGCAACAGCUCAACCGCCUGUUCGAAAGAAAGCAAAAACUAAAAUUGGAAAUAAAUCAAAACGAAAGAAAAAGCUUAAAACAACUAACAAAUUUCCAGAAGGUGAAGAUGGUGAGCAAGAACACCAAGACUACUGUGAAGUUUGUCAGCAGGGUGGUGAAAUUAUUUUAUGUGAUACGUGUCCAAGGGCUUACCAUCUUGUAUGUUUGGAACCGGAAUUAGAAGAUACUCCUGAAGGUAAAUGGUCCUGUCCUCAUUGUGAAACAGAAGGAACUGUUGAACAAGAUGAUGAUGAGCAUCAAGAAUUUUGUAGGGUUUGUAAAGAUGGAGGUGAACUAUUAUGUUGUGAUUCUUGUCCUUCGGCCUAUCACACAUUCUGCUUAAAUCCUCCAUUGCCAGAAAUUCCAGAUGGUGACUGGAAAUGUCCAAGAUGUGGUUGUCCACCUUUACCAGGCAAAGUAUCUAAAAUAUUGACAUGGAGAUGGAAAGAAAUUGUUCAAGAUAAACCAAGUGCCGAACCAAGCACUUCUAAGAAAAUGCCUAAAACUCCUACAAGACAAAGAGAAUUCUUUGUCAAAUGGCAUGAGCAAUCAUACUGGCAUUGUGAAUGGAUAACAGAAUUGCAACUUGAUGUAUAUCAUCCUCUGAUGUUCAGAUACUAUACAAGAAAAUAUGAUAUGGAGGAGCCUCCAAAAUUAGAGGAACCUCUGGACGAUGAUGAUGAUUCACUGGAAGAUCGAUUCUAUAGGUAUGGUGUAAAGCCUGAAUGGCUCAUUGUGCAUCGGGUCAUAAAUCACAGAACUAUGAGAGAUGGACGAACAUUAUAUUUAGUUAAAUGGAGGGAAUUAUCAUAUGACCAAGCCACGUGGGAAGAAGAUACAGACGAAAUUCCGGGACUGAAACAAGCUAUUGAAUAUUAUAUGGACUUGAGAGCUUCAUAUAAUCAAGAUGCUUCAAUGCGUAAGGGGAAGAAGAAAGGCAGGACAAAGGAAAAGAAAUCUAGGGCAAAAGAACUGACUGAUGAUGAUGAUAUUAGGACACCGAGGCGUUAUACUCCUCCGCCUGACAAACCAACAACAGAUCUUAAGAAGAAAUAUGAUGUUCAGCCUCACUUUUUAACAGAAACUGGAAUGCAGCUUCACCCUUAUCAAUUGGAAGGUAUCAACUGGUUGAGAUAUUCUUGGGGUCAGGGUAUUGAUACAAUUUUGGCUGAUGAAAUGGGUUUGGGAAAAACCAUUCAAACUGUAACAUUUUUAUAUUCAUUGUAUAAAGAAGGACAUUGCAAAGGUCCAUUUUUGGUUAGUGUUCCAUUAUCGACCAUUAUAAAUUGGGAAAGAGAAUUUGAAUUAUGGGCACCUGAUUUUUAUUGUAUAACAUAUGUUGGUGAUAAAGAUUCCAGGGCUGUUAUUAGGGAAAAUGAAUUAUCAUUUGAAGAAGGUGCAGUGAGAGGCUCAAGACCAUCUAAAAUUCGGUCAAGCUCAAUUAAAUUCAAUGUACUUUUAACAAGUUACGAGUUAAUUUCAAUUGAUGCUGCUUGUUUAGGCUCCAUUGACUGGGCAGUGUUGGUUGUAGAUGAAGCCCACAGAUUGAAGAGUAACCAAAGUAAAUUUUUCAGACUACUUGCUGGUUAUAAUAUUUCAUAUAAAUUGCUUUUGACUGGAACUCCACUGCAAAAUAAUUUGGAGGAACUAUUUCAUUUAUUGAAUUUCUUGAGUAGGGAUAAGUUUAAUGAUUUAUCUGCAUUCCAAAAUGAAUUUGCUGAUAUUUCCAAAGAAGAUCAAGUUAAAAAAUUACAUGAGAUGCUGGGUCCUCACAUGUUGCGACGUCUAAAAGCUGAUGUACUAAAAAAUAUGCCAAGCAAGUCAGAGUUCAUAGUACGUGUAGAAUUAUCACCAAUGCAAAAGAAAUACUAUAAAUACAUUCUAACAAGAAAUUAUGAAGCGUUGAAUCCCAAAGGAGGUGGUCAUUCUGUAUCUUUGCUCAACGUCAUGAUGGAUCUCAAAAAAUGCUGUAACCAUCCUUAUUUGUUCCCUGCUGCAGCUGAAGAAGCUCCAUUGGGUCCUGGUGGAAACUAUGAAACAUCAUCACUCAUUAAAGCCGCUGGAAAAUUAGUUUUAUUAUCAAAAAUGUUGAAACAGUUGAAAGAGCAAGGCCACAGAGUAUUAAUAUUCUCACAAAUGACAAAAAUGUUAGCUUUAGAAGAUUAUUUAGAAGGUGAAGGUUACAGGUAUGAGCGAAUAGAUGGUGCAAUCACCGGUGCUUUGCGUCAAGAAGCUAUUGAUAGAUUUAAUGCUCCAGGUGCCCCUCAAUUUGUAUUUUUACUGUCAACAAGGGCUGGCGGUUUAGGUAUUAAUUUAGCUACUGCAGAUACUGUGAUCAUUUAUGAUUCAGAUUGGAAUCCUCAUAAUGAUAUUCAGGCUUUUUCACGAGCUCACAGAAUUGGCCAAGCUAAUAAAGUUAUGAUCUAUAGAUUUGUAACACGUAAUAGUGUAGAGGAACGUGUAACACAGGUAGCUAAACGUAAAAUGAUGUUGACUCACUUAGUUGUGCGCCCUGGUAUGGGUGGAAAAGGUGCUAACUUUACAAAACAAGAAUUGGAUGAUAUUUUGCGAUUUGGUACAGAGGAAUUGUUCAAAGAAGAUGAAGGAAAAGAAGAAGAAGCUAUUCAUUAUGAUGAUAAAGCAGUUAGUGAGUUGCUUGAUCGUAGCAAUCUUGGUAUUGAGCAAAAAGAAAGUUGGGCCAAUGAAUAUCUUUCAUCAUUCAAAGUGGCUUCCUAUGCCACAAAAGAAGGUGACAAUGAAGAAGAGGUUGAUACAGAAAUUAUUAAGCAAGAUGCUGAAAACACUGAUCCUGCAUAUUGGAUUAAACUGUUGCGGCAUCAUUAUGAGCAGCAUCAGGAAGAUAUGGGAAGAACACUUGGCAAAGGUAAAAGAGUCAGAAAACAAGUUAACUAUAAUGAUGGAGGUGUCGUGCAAACUGAGUCUCGUGAAGAUUCCACAUGGCAAGAAAAUGUUUCUGAUUACAAUUCUGAUUUCUCAAAUGCUACAGACGAUGAUAAAGAAGAUGAUGAUUUUGAUGAAAAGAAUGAAGGUUUUGAGUAGGAGAGCAGAAGGCGAAUGGAACGAAAAGAGGAACGUGAUAAUAGGCCUCUGCCUCCAUUAUUAGCUAGAGUGGGUGGCAAUAUUGAAGUAUUAGGUUUUAAUGCCAGGCAACGUAAAUCUUUCCUCAAUGCAAUUAUGCGGUAUGGAAUGCCUCCCCAGGAUGCAUUCAAUUCACAAUGGUUGGUUCGUGAUCUGCGUGGAAAAUCAGAAAGAAAUUUUAAGGCCUAUGUAUCUCUGUUCAUGAGGCAUUUAUGUGAACCAGGUGCUGAUAAUGCAGAUACUUUUGCUGAUGGUGUCCCAAGAGAAGGCCUUAGUAGGCAGCAUGUUUUAACAAGAAUUGGGGUUAUGUCUUUGAUCAGAAAAAAGGUGCAAGAAUUUGAACAUAUCAAUGGUUACUACAGCAUGCCUGAGUUAAUACGAAAACCUUGUGAGUUAAUCAAAACAGCAGUGCCAGGUGCAGCAUCUAAUGCAGCAACUUCUAGUACAGCAGGAAAUGGAAGUGGAGAACUAGAAACACCAAAAAGUGCAGCUACAAGCACAAGCGCUACACCAGCUACAAGUGCAGCUCCAAGUCCAGCCCUACAUCAAACACAGAGGGAGAUGAAAUGGCAGAUGAAACUAAAUCCAAGGAUAUUGAUUUUGAAAAGGAUUCUGCAACAUCUGUUAGUACUCCAUCUGAGAAAACUGAAGAAGAUACUUCAUUGGUGGAACCAGCUUCUCAACCAGAUGGAUAAAAAUGAAAAAUUGGUUCCAUCACCUGAUGAAUCAGCUUUGAAGGUGGAGGAGAAAAAGGAACCGACAAGCGAUGAGUCUUCAGAGAAAUCAGGCUGUGCAGAAAAAGAUUCUGAAAAAGAGAAAGAGGCAGAGAGUGAGUCCAAGGAAGUAAAAGUUGAAGAAGGAUCUGCAGCGGUUAAAGCAGAAGAUGUAAAAGAAAAAGUUAAAGCUGAAUCUGUGAAAGAUGAAACUACAGAAAAUGCUGAGGAGAAAAUUAAGAAGAAAGAAGAUGAUGAUGAUGUUGUUCUUGUUAAAGAUGAUGAUGAUAGCAGUGAUAAGAAAGAGAAGAAAGAUGACAAGAAUGAUGAAUUAGUAGAAAUACCAAAAAGAAAAUUCAUGUUCAAUAUUGCUGAUGGAGGUUUCACAGAGUUGCACACUUUAUGGUUAAAUGAAGAGAAGGCUGCUGCUCCAGGCAGGGAAUAUGAAAUUUGGCACAGGCGACAUGACUAUUGGUUACUUGCUGGUAUUGUUACACAUGGUUAUGGAAGGUGGCAAGAUAUUCAGAAUGAUAUCCGGUUUGCCAUCAUAAAUGAACCAUUCAAAAUGGAUGUAGGCAAAGGCAAUUUCCUGGAAAUUAAAAAUAAAUUUUUAGCUCGGCGGUUUAAGCUUUUGGAACAAGCUCUUGUAAUUGAAGAGCAGUUACGUCGUGCUGCUUAUUUAAAUCUCACUCAAGAUCCAAAUCAUCCAGCUAUGUCAUUGAAUGCAAGAUUUGCUGAAGUUGAAUGCUUGGCAGAAUCUCAUCAGCAUCUUAGCAAAGAGUCUCUUGCUGGAAACAAGCCGGCUAAUGCUGUUUUACAUAAGGUAUUAAAUCAACUUGAGGAGUUGUUGUCAGAUAUGAAGAGUGAUGUAUCCCGAUUGCCUGCAACUUUGGCUCGAAUUCCUCCAGUUGCACAACGAUUACAAAUGUCUGAAAGAUCUAUUUUAUCUAGAUUGGCUGCAACUGCCGCAACGCAGCCAACAGCAGCUCAAGUCAUGCCACAAUUCCCAGCUGGUUUCCAAGGUGCAAGUAUACCAGGAUUUGUAGCUGCCGCUGCUAACUUUGGUAACUUUAGGCCUCAGUAUUCAGUCCCAGGACAACCAUCCAACACAACCUUUACGGGUGAUCAAGCUGCAAAAACAAAAUGAUGUGAAACAUAGAUUUACUAUGCUUUUAAAGGUGGUGAUUAAUUUAAUUAUAUUUGACAUCUAUUUUAAUUGUAUAAUUUAUUUAUGGAUCACUAAGGACUUAAUUAGUUAUUC